AUGCGCGCUUCGAUCACUGCUGCUACGGCACUCCUCGCCGCUAUGGUCUCGGCCCAUGGCAACAUAGUAUCACCUCCCGCUCGUGGGCCUGGUGCGGCGAUGGCUGCAGCCUGUGGAAAAGAGAACGUUCAGGUUGUGACAUCAGACCCUACUAUUCCGCUUGAGGAUCUCACCAACCCCCCUGCGACUUGUCAACUGGAUCUCUGCCGAGGUGCAAAGUUCGAGGACAACAAAGCCAACGUCCAGACCUUCAAGGCAGGCCAGGUUGUCAACAUGAGAGCCGAGAUACCGAUCCCUCACGAGGGUCCCAUGAACGUCUCCAUCGUCGACACGGCCACGAACAAGGCCAUUGGCGAGCCACUGAUCGUUUUCGACAGCUACGCGGAUGAGAAACUCGCACAGCUGCCUGCGAACAACACCAACUUCGACAUCACCAUGCCCUCCAACCUCCCGGCUGGCACAUGCGCUCAGGCUGGCCAGUGUGUCGUGCAGUGGUUCUGGUUCGGCACCAACGCAAAGCAAACUUAUGAGAGCUGUGUAGACUUUGUGAUGGGAUGA